GUGAAUUGUAACUUUAGCCUUUAAAAAGCUGCAACAGCUAUUGUAGAACAUGGACUUUUCUUGAGUUUCCAAAUCUACCCAAGACUCACCAACUCUCCAACAUCACCAUGACUCUGACUGCAGGAGAGAAGGCUCACAUCGUAAACCUCUGGGCCAAGAUUGCUCCUCAGGCCAAUGAUCUAGGUGGUGAGGCUUUGGAAAGGCUGUUUCUGAGCUUCCCUCAGACCAAGACCUACUUUUCCCACUUUGACUUGUCUCAUGGCUCUGCUGACCUCAAGACCCAUGGUGGCAAGGUCUUGAAUGCUCUUGGAAAUGCAGCCAGUCAUCUGGAUGAUCUUGAUGGCAACCUGUCCAGCCUUAGUGACCUCCAUGCCUACAACCUGAGAGUGGACCCUGGAAACUUUGAUCUGCUGUCUCACACCAUCCAGGUUGUCUUGGCUUCUCACUUCCCUAGCGAUUUCUCUGCUGAAGCCCAGGCUGCUUGGGACAAAUACAUUUCUGAUGUCUCCAAGGUCUUGACCUCCAAGUACAGAUAAAUUAAUGCUAUUGGGGUAGGAGGCUACAUCAGUACCUGCAGAAAACCAUCCUGCGGGAAGUUGAGAGAGAAUUAUGCACAUAACUUUGUCAUCAAAUCCAUAGCCAAUCAAAGAAUGUAAUUCAGCUGUAAUAUAAUUUUGCUAGCUUGUGUUGUCGCAGCAGUCUUUGGCUGGCUAUUACUUGUGCCUAUUGUCCAUCAAAAUGAAUCUGGUGUAAUCUUUAAUAAAAAGUGCAUCCAUUUUUCAA